AUGACAAGCAUCACUGAUAUCUUUGGUCCGGCGCCCAGUGAUAUCAACCUAUCAGCGAAUAAAACGCCUUCAGACAACGCUGCUUCUAUCGCGAUAUUCAUCAUAGCGGUGAUUGUUGUCGUUCUUCGCGUUUUCACAAGGAUUUAUAUUAAUAUUGAUUCUUCUCAUUCAGCCGGCACAGAUGGAUUAGGAAAACAUGUAUGGGUUUCUACCGUUGGUGAUGUGGUCAACAUGAGAAAGAUCCUUUUUACCUAUAUCUGGAUCUAUAUCGCACUGAUGGUCAUCAUCAAGUGUUCGAUCUUGAUGUUCUACCGAAAAAUUCUCUGCAUGAAAAAAUCAGCUUGGAUCUUGAUGGGACUUUGUUUCGCAUGGGCCAUUGGAUGUGGUGUCGCGGUGGCCGCGGCUUGCCAACCUCUUUCUUAUUUCUGGACGAUGUACAACAACGGGGAGGGGAAAUGCAUCAUCAGCCUUUACGGCUUUUACUUGGGGAAUGCCGCAGCCAACGUCUUUACAGUUAUCUGCAUUUUGUCGGCGCCAUUGCCUGUCAUUUGGAAGCUCCAAAUGCGUAAGGCACAAAAGGUUAUGGUCACUGCCAUUUUCCUGCUGGGUUCAUUUGUCUGCGUUGCUAGUAUCAUGCGAAUCUACUACAUGAGUUUCCUCAACACGGAUGUCGACGUCAACUGGAUUAUGGGUGAUGUAUUCGUUUGGUCAACCGUGGAACCAGCCAUCGGCAUUGUCUGCGCGUGUUUACCGACCCUACAACCACUUCUUCGCUGGUCGCUGAAGAAUGUGGUUGGAUCUAGUAUGGGCCGAUACUUUGGUGGUUCCGACCCGAGAAGUGGAUAUAAGGGAUAUAGUCUUGAGGAGAGACGACGAACGUUCGAGGGAUCCGCCAACGGUCAUGCUUUCCAUCACAUGAGUGCGAGCGACUUUGGUGUGCGUGGUAAGGGAUCAGAAUCUAAUACUGAUGAUCUAAGUCCAAUCAUCACUUCUGCUCAAGUCAAUGCUUAUGCGUUUCGUGAGGAAGGGGAUGUUGAGGACUCCCAUGAUCCGGGCUUCAUUUCCGUUGAUCGGGAUAUACACUGGACAGAGGAUCAUCAUGUGUGA